AUGGAAUCGUCCAAGAAAAUCGGCAUAAUUGGUACUGGUGAUUACGGCAGAGCACUGGCCAAUCGACUACUUCGCUGUGGUUAUGACGUCAUUAUGGGCAGCCGGGAUCCUGAUCACAGUCGUUUGACCCAGAUCGAUCAGCGACUGACUUUCGCCGAAGUGAUAAACACAAAAGAACUUCUUGAAGACUCAAACAUCGAAAUCGUCUUCCUUGCAAUUCAUUCAUGGAAUUUCGAAUCCUGUCUCUCGUCUUUCAGAAACCAGAUCCAAGACAAGAUCUUCAUCGAUAUAUCGAAUCGGGAACGACCAAGCAAAACUGAAUCGAACGCUGAAAAAUUGGUUGAAGCUUUUCCUGGCCUGCGGGUCGUGAAAGCCUUCAAUACCCUGUCUGCCUAUGCCUUGGAAAGCGACACUUUUGGAGGCACGAAACAGGUUUUGAUUGCAAGCGACGACACGACAGCCAAGGAAAAAGUGUCGAAUUUGGCGCGUGAAAUGGGAUUCACACCCGUUGACUAUGGCGUCUUGAGGGCAUCCAGAGAGAUCGAGGCUUACCCCUUGACGCUCAUGGUUGGUUGGGGAUGGCCGACCUUGUUCUGUUUAGGAAUCUUUAUCGGAUGGAAUAUUGUUGUAUGUAUUAAAUACAUCUAUUAUUACUCACGAUCAACAAGACGCUUUAAGUGGGACCAAGUCCCACUUGCUUAUUUGAACAAACCUGUGUGCCUCACGGCCAUUACUCUCCUUGCAUUGUCCUAUUUACCAGGCUGUCUGGCCGCAUUUCUUCAAAUAAUAAACGGAACAAAAUACAAACGCUUUCCGAACUGGUUUGAUCGAUGGUUAAAAGCUCGCAAAAUGAUCGGCCUCUACGCUCUCUUCUUUAGUGUAUGGCACGUAGCAAUAUCCGGCAUUUACAUGUCGCCUGGUUACUUGGGAUCGUGGUUUGAAAGCACUAAAGUCCAUUUACCUGAGAACACCAGUGACUACGUUCUUGAUUUCUCUGUCAGAAUGAAUCUUAGAGGUGAAGGUACGAUCAGUGUCGGAAUUUUGGCUUUACUACUGAUGAGCAUAUUGGGUCUCUCUUCACUGCCGUCUGUUGGUGCCAUUCUCAACUGGCGGGAAUGGCGUUUCGUUCAAAGUCACUUGGGAUACGUGACGCUGUUUCUCGUCACUGCGCAUGUCGUCAUUUUCGCGUUGCCCGGAUGGAUGAGGAGUCCGGUAAAGAUGCUUUAUCGAAGCACGUCUGUUCAUAUCUAUCUAUCUAGGUCUGUUCAUAUCUAUCUAUCUAUCUAUCUAACUAUGUCUGUUCAUAUCUAUCUAACUAUGUCUGUUCAUAUCUAUCUAUCUAUCUAUCUAUCUAACUAUGUCUGUUCAUAUCUAUCUAUCUAUCUAUCUAUCAAACUAGGUCUGUUCAUAUCUAUCUAUCUAUCUAUCUAUCUAUCUAGGUCUGUUCAUAUCUAG